AACCCCACUUCAUGGAGGCCAGUUCCUCACACUAGUGCUCUCGGAGAUCCCGCCACUGCUGUCCCCCACCGGCGCCCCAGCCAGGCCUGAGAUCAUGAGGCAGCCGCCAGCUGUGGCCCUGCUCCUGCUGCUGCUGCUUCGGUUUGGGACUCAGAUGACCAAAGCAUUGAACGUCUGCGGGCGCCCGAGGAUGCUGAACCGGAUGGUGGGUGGGCAGGAUGCCUUGGAGGGCGAGUGGCCAUGGCAGGUCAGCAUCCAGCGAAAUGGAAGCCACUUCUGUGGGGGCAGCCUCAUCACAAAUCGGUGGGUCCUCACCGCGGCGCACUGCUUCUCCAACUCCCUGCUCUUUCCCACCAGCACCUCUGAAACAUCCUUGUACCAGGUCCUGCUGGGGGCGCGGCAGCUGGUGAAGCCAGGACCACAUGCCACAUAUUCUCGCGUGAAGCGGGUGGAAAGCAACCCCCUAUACCAGGGCAUGGCCUCCAGUGCCGAUGUGGCCCUGGUGGAGUUGGAGGCACCUGUGACCUUCACCAAUUAUAUCCUCCCUGUGUGCAUGCCUGACCCCUCGAUCAUCUUUGAGUCGGGCAUGGAAUGCUGGGCCACCGGCUGGGGCAGCCCCAGUGAGCAAGACCGCCUGCCUAACCCUCGAAUCCUCCAGAAACUCGCUGUGCCCAUCAUUGACACGCCCAAGUGUAACCUACUCUACAGCAAAGAUGCUGAGUCCGGCUUUCAGCUGAAAACCAUCAAGGACGACAUGCUGUGUGCUGGCUUCGCUGAGGGCAAGAAGGACGCCUGCAAGGGUGACUCAGGAGGCCCCCUGGUGUGCCUGGUGGACCAGCUGUGGCUACAGGCUGGAGUGAUCAGCUGGGGUGAGGGCUGUGCCCGCCGGAACCGCCCAGGUGUCUACAUCCGGGUUACCUCCCAUUAUAACUGGAUCCAUCGGAUCAUCCCGGAACUGCAGUUUCGGCAUGCCAGGUCGGGCGGCCAGAAGCGGGGGCCCCGGGUCCAGCAGCCCCGAGCUCAAAACUUUGCACCCUGCGUGGCGGCCCACACUGUCCUCCUGGUCCUCAUGGCCCUACUCACCUGCUUCUGAGCCCUGCUCAGGCAGGUAGGCGAGUGUAGCUGCCGGAGCCCACAUGUACAUUUGUAAAUAGCUGUUUCUCUCUUCUUUCAAAUGCCUGUUAUUUUUAUUUAUGUUCACCCUCCAAUAAAAACCUAACCUCAG